AUGAGAGCCUUCCGUCCAGUGAGGUCUGUUAGGAAAAAUAGCCUUUUAGACCACAGCCUGGUCAUCUCCCGGAACAAAACCCUGGUGGAGGACCAAAUGAGCCUGCUGUACAAUAUGAAUGACGGCUACUCCAGGCUCAAGGACAAGGUGAGCAAGAUGGAAAUCCUGCAACAGGGCACACUGGACCUGCAGAUCGCCCUGGACUCACACCCCAGUAUUGUCAGCCUGUACCACUAGUGACCUGGGCAGAGUAAGGCAUCCAGGACAUCACUGACCACCCUAAACACAGACAUCAGCAUCCUGUCCUCACAUGCUGCUGAAUUCCCUCCUGAAUCAAUGUCAAACGACAGUGCUCUAUGGCUGAAUAAACGGUUUAGGACUUUCCUUUUCUUUGCACAACAGCAAUGA